AUGGCUGUGUCUGAAGAAAAGACAACGCCUAAAUCAACACAUGUGUCGGACCCUGCGCUUGCCCCGUUUCUUGAGUCGCGCUUCGAUGCCGCCGAAUAUCUCAACGCCACGCUGCCUUCCCUAUCGCUAGCUUCAAGGCCAAAAUCGAGUAAUGCCGCCUCGCUAGCCGACCUCUCCUCGCAGACGCAAGACCUCCUCUCACAGCUCAACGCGCAUACGACGCGAUUAUCAACGAUACUGACACAACUGACCGAUGACAUACUGCGGAGCGGCGGGCGGUUGGCGUAUGAGGUCGAAGUGCUGCGGGGAGAGGCCAUCGGGCUUACUGAGAUAUUGACAGAUGGGCUGAAGAGCGAUGUUCAAAAGUUUCUACCAGGUGGUAUCUCGAUGAAGACCGAGUCGACCGAAGACGAGCUCAAGAGCCCUAUUGCCACACAUGCAGAUACGCCAGAUGCGCAACCGUCGCAGCCAACGCUGGAAGAGCCUGAUGAGACCACUCCAGAAUACCUUUCCGACCUUCGCACCCUCACCACAGUCCGCUCGCGUCUUGAGACCGUCAUAAAAGUCUUUGGUGAAGCCAUGCACUGGUCGAUACCACCAUCCGAGGUCUCUUUGGGAGCCUCCCUUAUCAGCGUCUCCGCCCCCGAGCCUGGCACAGACAGCGCCUCGCGCGAACAGAAAGGCAAAGAGUUUGCUGCCUCGCUGCGAACCGAGAUCGCCGACCUCAUCACCGGCGACCCAGAAGGCGGCAUGGAGAAAGCAGAGAUAAGGAUACAGGCUUUGAGGGAUUUAGCACAGGUCUGGAAAGGCACAGCGGAAGAGAAGGCGAGAACAAAGUUUGUGGAAGGUCUGAUCAAAUUGGCAGAAGACAAGCAAAGAGAGCUUGACAGGGAGAAGGAGAGGAACAAGGAUCGAGGCCAGCAGAGGCCUGCCCGCAGUGGUAGUGUGCCAAAGCCGCAGCAGCAGCCUCAACAGCAAAGGGGUGGCGGGUUUCUGGAGAACUUACAAAGGAUACGAGGUCUUGUGGAAUGA